GAAAAACCCAACGCUGUUUGUCCUUCGAAAAUCAAAGUACAAGGCUAAUGGACCUAAUAAACAGAAGAAAAAUAGUUAGGUUAUGUAUAAGACUACCAUCAAGAAGUUUGGUUAUCAAUUAUUUUUUUGCUGUAUUUGAUUUGCUCCUUGAAUUCAGAUCAGAAUGGUAAAUUCGAUAAUCAGAUAUAUCAUAUCUCGAACUCUCUUGGUGGAUAUAACGGUGAAACUGCCAACAGUAUGAAAUUCCAAGUGAAUGUACAUGUUUCCACCAGGAUUGUUCAUAUUUUCUCAAUCUCAAUUUAUUUGCAUUUUGCAGCCGAAAAUCAAACAACUGGAAAAAUGUAAACACCCUAACAGCAGAAAAACUAGAGCUCUUACCAAGCAAAUAAAAAAACAACAGAUAAGACAAAAACACAAAUUAUCAAGCAAUAUCAAACUGAACCUUAUUGGGGAAAAAUUAUUAUGGUUCAAAGACCAAGUUGACCCACAAUGGGCAAUAUGUUCUCCCCAGCAAGUGGAUAAACUCAUAGCCAAAUACUUGUCAAGGUUUGAUGAGGAAUUAGAACAGAUCAACAUCAAACAUUCAAUUGGACACAGGAAAAAUAGACAGCAUGCCAGUAGAGAAGAUAUAAUCAAUUUGACUAUAAAACGUGAGAAGGAAGAAUUCAACACAUGUGGAAUAGAGAUGCCAAAUCUAUUGGAUCUAGUCCAGUUCAAUUUGCUUCGUACCUGGAAUGGUGAAUUGAGGUUUCUUCAAAACUUCAAAUUGAGGAUGUUCAGCAAGAAAACUUUGGAGGAGGAAGAAAAAAGGCUGAACAAACCAGCAAAACAUGAUGUUUCUAGUAGCAAUCAGGAAAACAAGGGAAAGUUGGAUAAUGAAGAUGGAAUUGCUGAAUCACAGGAAAAGGAAAAAAAUAUGGAAGUUGAGAAUUAGGGAGGAAAAUCAAAUACCAACUGUUGGAUUUGCUUUUUUUUUGAAAAUAUAUAAUACAAACAACAAUUUUCUUUUUUUCAAAGUAUGAAAAGAAAUGGUUAAUUGUGAAUAUUUCAUCUCUGACAAUAUAUCACAGCAUAGAAAAACAACCCUGAAUGCAUAGAAACAACUGAAUUCAAAUUCCUGAAAAUUGCAUGUCAAACUAAUACUAAAGUGACCCAGGAAAUUGGAUCACCAUAUACAGGGUGUUUCAAAAAAACCUAACCUCCUUGCUAGGGUAGGUAGAACACUGCAAAAUAAGUUGAGUUUGCUCAGUGAAAAAAUGUCGUAACGGCAUCCGUUUUCAUGAUACAAGGUGUUGAAAAAAUAUUUUUUUACACAUUUUUCACGAUCAUUCCGAAACUACUGGCAGCAUUGUAAUGAAAUUUUGUAUGGAUGUUUCUUGAAAUCUCACACACCGCAUGAAUUUGUUUUUAUAUCUGACUCCCAUAGAGGGCGCUACUUACACGGUUUGUGCUGAGAAGUUUUGAACAUAACUAUUUUGAGGUUAGAUUUUUCAAUCCAAAUAUGAUGGAGGUUCUUUCGUCUGCUUCUCAGUGUCGUGUAAAAUGCACUUCACUACGAAUCAGCUGAUAUUUCGUGCAGCUACACCAACGAAUUUCAAACGAACGAAGAAAAUUGAAUUGAAGAGGAAAAGUGCAAUUCGGAUUUUUAAACUCGGUAUUUGAUGUAACUAGUUCUCCGGUAUAGGUGUUUAUGAAUUAUAAAUAUAUUCAAACAUGUAUUUCGAGUCAUUCAUCGCGAUUUUAUUCAUACUUGAAUUUGAGUGUAAUUCACACCUGCCCAAGACUAGGUGGAGAUGAGCUACACUGGUGUGAAAUGCACUUUUCAAAAGAAUGCUCAAAUGCGGUGUAGAUUACACGAAGUGUUCGAAUGUGCUACACUUUUUAUGCAAACGAAAGGGCCUAUGAACUUGAACAUCAUUCAAUUUUACACCAAAAAGGUACUCCUG